GCAGUAUCAAAUCCAAAAUAAAGAACUUCCUUGAAAAGGAAAACCAGAAAACAAAAACAAAAGGCAUAAAAGGAAUAUUAUCCCAAAUUCACAACUAUGAUAGACCAUGCUCAGGAGCAAGAGAUGGAAAUUGAAGCCCUGGAAGCAAUACUUAUGGAUGAAUUCAAAGAAAUUCACUCCGCGGAGAGUGGACUAAGCAUUUCAAAUAGAUGCUUCCAAAUUACAAUAUCUCCUCAGGGUGAUGACACAGAUCAAUCAACACCAGUUCAGCUUGCUUUGGUUUUCUCACAUACAGAAAAAUAUCCAGAUGAACCUCCACUUCUUAAUGUAAAAAGUAUACGUGGAAUACAAUCCAGUGACCUGAAAGCUUUGAAGGAAAAGCUUGAGCAGGAGGCAUCUGAAAAUCUUGGAAUGGCUAUGAUUUACACUUUGGUUACAUCAGCCAAGGAAUGCCUAUCUGGAAGAUAUUGCCAAGAUGCUGAUGCUGACAAUGCUGAAGAAGAAGAGGCAAGAAAAGAUGAGGUAAUUGUUCCACAUGGAGAACCUGUUACUGUUGAUACAUUUUCAGCAUGGAGAGAAAGGUUUGAAGCAGAGUUGGCACUAGAGCGAGCCAAGCUAAUGCCCGAGUCUGCUCUCACGGCAUCCAAAGAGAAGAAGCUCACAGGCAGGCAGUGGUUUGAAAGUGGAAGAGCUAGUGCGAAAGGUGCAGCUGCCAUCAAAGAAGAAUAUGAUGAGGAAGAGGAGGAAGACAUUGAUUUGGAUGAUGAUGAUUUCGAAGACGAUGAAGAAGACAUGCUUGAGCACUAUCUGGCUGAGAAGUCAGAUUCAACCUCUCUCUCUUCAAAGAGAACUGCCUAAGAGAAAAAAAGCUUCUCCUGAUUGAAAAUUCAAUACUUUGAUGGAGCUUUUCCUGGCACUGGAGUUU